AUGAAGAAGACGUCUCACAUUCUUGUUGGCUGUUUUUUUAUUGGCCUGUCGAUCCUAACCAAUGUCCAAGCUUCAUGCAGUGGUUACUAUGUCCAGAAAAGUUUUGUCCUUCAAGGAAACCUCCUAGCGUCACUACUUGUCACCACUCGAGCGCAUUGCGAGAUGAAGUGCAGAGAGAAUUCAGGAUGUUUUAGUAUCAAUUACUACAAGGAACAGAAGAAUUGUCAUCUCAACAAGGCAACGCAUCUUUCAAGACCUCUGCACCUCGUGUAUGACAUGGGAGGRGUUUACAUUAAGAUAAAGAAUGAUUAUUGCAGUGAUGCAUACUGCAGUACUGGACAAAGUUGUUUGAUUGACAGCGCUAAAGACGAUUAUAUUUGUAAAGUCUGCAAUGCCCCACUUGGUUUAGAAUCAGGAAGCAUUCCAAACAGCAGCAUCUCUGCUUCGUCUUCCCAUGGCAAUUGUUGUGAGCCAUGGCAAGCACGACUAAGGAAUUCCCCAUCCCGUAUGGGAUCGGUCGGCAGCUGGGUAGCCAAAAACACAGUGGCCGGUGAAUACCUGCAGGUGGAUCUUGGUAACAUUUACCGAGUUACAAAGGUAGCGACUCAAGGGAGUGUAGUAGUUUGGUUUCCACAAUGGAUUACCUCGUAUAGUCUCUCUUAUGCUUUUAAUAACGGGACUUUCACUGACUACAAGGUUGGCGGGUCACUCAAGGUCAGUAAAACCGCAAGUAGAUAUUAUGAACUCUGGGUAGCCAAAAACACAGUGGCCGGUGAAUACCUGCAGGUGGAUCUUGGUAACAUUUACCGAGUUACAAAGGUAGCGACUCAAGGGAGUGUAGUAGUUUGGUUUCCACAAUGGAUUACCUCGUAUAGUCUCUCUUAUGCUUUUAAUAACGGGACUUUCACUGACUACAAGGUUGGCGGGUCACUCAAGGUCUUCCCUGGGAACACUGACCGUGACACUAUUGUGACAAACGUUCUUCCAGGGUCAGUCAGGUGUCGCUAUAUUCGAAUUGUUGCUGUUACCUACUCCGAUUUUCCUGCCAUGAGAGCCGAAAUCUACGGUUGCCCUGAGAACUGACACUACGACGUACAGAUAUAUACAUCCAUUGCAAAAAAUGUGUCAAGGUCAAGGAAAAUGGCCAAUGAAUAUGGCCAGUAGUUUAAAUCAGCUAGUAUGCACCGCACUAAAUCAGGGAAAUAAAUAACACUAUUCAUAAUUACUCCAAAAUAGUGCAUGGAUAAUUAAGGAAAUAGAAAAAAAUCAUAAAACAGUAGCGACCAU